GUCUUCACCCCAGCGACGCAGGAGUCCGCCAUAGUGGUCGAACGAACCAAUCAGCUCGCUGCUCGAUCUGGCGGGGAUAACCUGGCCAGAAUGAUUUCUCAUACAGGAAUACGGCGGGUUCAGUGUGUACAGAGUCAAGGAGUUAAUAACUAUCGUGUCGAAAUGGUGUGACUAGAGAUCGUAAUACGAAGAAACGCGGCGAAAGUGGGCGCAGUUAAAUAAAUAAAGCGUCUCGAGAUCGGUCUGAAGGCGUCUUCGUAGAAAACGAUCGAGGCAUCAAUUUUUCGUUCGUCGAGAAAGUCGCUUGGAAACGGCGUGUGUGGCUGUAUACGCGCGGUGUGCCGGGGGAUCAGAGCAACGAACCGAGGAAAAUUCGUUAGCAAAAUGAGUCUGAGACUGGUGGAGAAGAAAAAAGAGUCUGUUCUGAAAAGUUCAAACGGAGUAAUUGGAAGCGUGGUCAACGGCACCGAGGACGUUUACAGUGGAACCGUCGAAUGGCCAAACGGACAAAAUCUGCUGGUUGUUACACAGGAUACUCAGGGCAAAGAGCUUAUCGCGAUCGCCGACAAUCAGACCAUUAACGUCGCAGUCGACUCUUACUGGCUACUGGAACUUGCCCACAGGGAGUAUCAAGCUGGUGACUACGAAAAUGCAGAGCGACAUUGCAUGCAGCUUUGGCGGCAGGAGACGAACAACACGGGAGUUCUUUUGUUGUUAUCUUCGAUCCAUUUCCAAUGCAGGAGGCUAGAAAAGUCUGCUCAUUACAGUAGCUUAGCGAUAAAACAGAAUCCUUUGUUGGCAGAAGCUUACAGCAACCUUGGAAAUGUUUUCAAGGAGCGUGGUCAGUUGCAAGAAGCUUUAGAAAACUACAGACACGCGGUCAGAUUGAAACCGGAUUUCAUCGAUGGUUACAUCAAUCUUGCAGCUGCAUUGGUGGCUGCAGGGGAUAUGGAACAAGCUGUUCAAGCAUACGUGACUGCUUUGCAAUACAACCCUGAUCUCUACUGCGUGAGAAGCGAUCUUGGUAAUCUUUUGAAAGCAUUAGCAAGACUUGACGAAGCCAAGGCUUGCUAUCUAAAGGCGAUCGAAACGCGUCCAGACUUUGCCGUCGCCUGGAGCAAUCUUGGCUGCGUGUUCAAUGCCCAGGGGGAAAUAUGGCUGGCGAUUCACCACUUUGAGAAGGCGGUGGCAUUGGAUCCGAACUUCUUGGACGCAUACAUCAAUCUUGGCAACGUGCUUAAAGAGGCCAGAAUCUUCGAUAGAGCUGUAGCUGCCUAUCUGCGUGCUUUAAAUCUCAGUCCCAACAAUGCUGUGGUACACGGAAAUCUAGCGUGUGUCUACUACGAGCAAGGGCUCAUCGACUUGGCGAUCGACACGUAUCGCCGUGCCAUUGAACUGCAACCGAAUUUCCCAGAUGCUUACUGCAACUUGGCAAAUGCGCUCAAGGAGAAGGGACAAGUGGUGGAGGCCGAGGACUGCUACAAUACCGCUCUUCGCCUCUGCCCAUCGCACGCCGAUUCCCUUAAUAAUCUGGCCAACAUAAAAAGGGAACAAGGAUACAUAGAGGAAGCAACACGACUCUAUCUGAAAGCGCUCGAAGUAUUUCCCGAGUUCGCGGCAGCUCAUAGCAAUCUCGCUUCCGUGUUACAGCAGCAAGGAAAAUUGAACGAAGCACUGAUGCAUUACAAAGAGGCUAUUCGCAUUCAGCCGACUUUCGCUGAUGCUUAUUCGAAUAUGGGCAACACCCUGAAGGAGAUGCAAGAUAUACAAGGGGCCCUUCAAUGUUACACGAGAGCCAUUCAAAUUAAUCCCGCUUUUGCCGACGCUCAUUCCAAUUUAGCCUCGAUACACAAAGAUUCAGGGAACAUUCCCGAGGCGAUCCAAUCGUACAGAACAGCUCUGAAAUUGAAGCCCGACUUUCCAGACGCGUACUGCAAUUUGGCCCACUGCCUUCAGAUCGUCUGCGACUGGACCGACUACGAGGCAAGAAUGAAGAAAUUGGUCUCGAUCGUCGCCGAGCAGCUGGACAAGAACAGACUACCCAGCGUACAUCCGCAUCAUUCCAUGCUCUAUCCGUUGUCUCACGAGUUCAGGAAAGCUAUUGCAGCUAGACACGCGAAUCUCUGCAUAGAAAAGAUUCACGUUUUGCACAAACAGCCGUACAAGUAUCCGCGCGAGAUCGGCGCCCGCUUGAGAAUCGGUUACGUUUCGUCAGACUUUGGGAACCAUCCCACCAGCCAUCUCAUGCAGUCGAUUCCGGGACUUCACGAUCGACAAAGCGUCGAGAUCUACUGCUAUGCUCUCAGCUCCGACGAUGGAACGACCUUUCGAGCAAAGAUCGCCAGAGAGUCCGAACACUUUAUCGAUUUGUCUCAAAUUCCGUGCAACGAGAAGGCCGCCGAUCGUAUUAACUCCGACGGAAUCCAUAUUCUGGUUAACAUGAACGGGUAUACGAAGGGCGCUAGAAACGAAAUAUUUGCUUUGCGACCAGCACCAAUUCAAGUGAUGUGGCUUGGAUACCCGGGAACGUCGGGGGCGAGCUUCAUGGACUAUUUAAUUACGGACGAAGUCACGUCGCCGUUGGAACUUGCUAGUCAGUACAGCGAGAAACUUGCGUACAUGCCGCACACGUACUUCAUAGGAGAUCAUAAACAAAUGUUCCCGCAUCUUAAGGAACGCCUCAUCUUAACCGACAAAUUAAACAUGAAGGGCAAGGUGGCGGACAAUGUAGCCGUUAUAAACGCUACCGAUCUUUCUCCGAUGAUCGAGAAUACAUUGGUAAAAGAGAUUCGCGAGGUAGUGGUGCCGGAUGCUAAGAACAAGCCAGUAGAAAUCUCGUUGAAAGUCGCGGAGUUGCCAACCACCACUCCUAUCGAGACGAUGAUCGCUUCUGGACAAUGUCAAAUGUCCGUGAAUGGCGUCGUGGUUCAAAACGGUAUGGCCACCACGCAAGUGAACAACAAGACAGCUACAGGUGAAGAAGUACCUCAGAACAUUGUGAUCACGACGAGACAACAGUACGGUUUACCGGAGGAUGCUGUCGUUUAUUGCAACUUCAAUCAGUUGUACAAGAUCGAUCCGCUCACGCUUCACAUGUGGGCGCACAUUUUAAAGCAUGUGCCAAAUUCCGUGCUGUGGCUUCUGCGCUUCCCGGCUGUCGGCGAACCGAACUUACAGGCAACCGCUCAACAGUUAGGUCUGUCGCCUGGUAGAAUUUUGUUCAGCAACGUCGCUGCCAAAGAGGAACACGUCAGGCGGGGACAACUGGCCGACGUAUGCCUGGACACGCCGCUUUGCAACGGCCAUACCACCAGCAUGGACGUUUUGUGGACUGGAACACCAGUGGUCACGCUGCCAGGUGAAACGUUAGCGUCUCGCGUUGCUGCUAGUCAGUUGAAUACCUUAGGAUGCCCCGAGUUGGUGGCACGAACACGACAAGAGUACCAAGACAUUGCUGUUCGUUUAGGAACCGACAGGGAAUACUUGAAAGCAACAAGAGCCAAGGUAUGGAAAGCACGAUCCGAGAGUCCUUUGUUCAGUUGUAAGCUGUACGCGUUGGGUAUGGAAAUGCUGUACAGAAAAAUGUGGGACCGUUACGCUCGUGGGGAAAAACCCGAUCACGUGGCGGCCGUGGAAAAAAACGAGAGGGAGCAGUUGGCGUUAACGGCUGCAUCUUAAGAACGAUCUCCGCAACUCGUAUUUUUAUUUAUAUACAGCUUUAAUUCCAUAACGUCUGUUUUCUGGAAAUUUUAGCAUUUAAAAGCAGAUGAUAAUCGAUAAUGUUUCAGGAAGAUACGAUUGUCUCAUAAAUUUUCGUACGCUGUUUUGUACGAUAAAUCAUCGAGCUUAGAAGAGAAACACGUAGGACAGGAAUGUCCAGAACUAAGCUCCGGUGCUUAGUAUUUCCUCCCGCUCUGUCCCGUGGCCAUGGGGUAUCUAUCCGCCGUCUGACGAAACGCUAUUACGAGGGCGUAUCGACUGCGAACAUUUUCCGCGAAUAUUAGUUCAACGUUUUUUUUUUUUUUUUUUAUCUUAUAAGUGAAAUGACUAGCAGAAGCGGAAACACGCGAUGUUCUUUUUUCUUUUUUGUUAUUUUUGCAACGGCGCAUGGGAGGGGAACGAGUCGCCUGGAAAGUUCCAACCGCAAACAUACUUGGUAUAGGUUAUUAAGCAUCGAUACGUGGAAAGUUCUACUAAACGCGUGACGUUUAAAAAGAAACAUCGUGACUAUCGUGUUGUACGAGUCAUAAGUAAUAAUUACACACUCGCCUCUUCUGUUCUGACAUCAUACGUUUUACCCUGUUAUUUAUGAACUAGAAUUUUCGCAUGACUUUCUCCAUUUAUCUCGUACAAGAACAAUUGUGGUCUCUAUUUUUAGACUGUUAACCGUCACAAGGAUGAAGGGUUAGAGACGUAAGUAACUUUUCGAGAAUGGUGCACAAGCAUGCAUAUAGUGACAAGUUCGCAUCACUUAUCGUCUGUACACGCAGCUAACGUUAUUUCCGUUGAAAAAGUCUCCCUAGUUUCGAGGGAUCUUGGGUACGCGACUCGUCGACGACCUCGAACAGCUACGAAGAUGCUUUUUUUUGAUUCUUAAUUUAGAGGUCGUUGCACGCUACAAUAUUUUGCCGUUUACUUCGUAUGCGAUCUGAAUCGCAAAGGACGGUUGAAAGGAGAACAAGGAAGUCAGAGAGUAGAUUAAUACGCAUCAGGAUGUUAUUACUAGCAACCGUUAAACAGCAGAAUGCAAGUUUGUAUUAUAUAUGACCGACUAAUGAUACAAGUGUAAAUAUUUAAAAGAGGUAAUCGUUAGUUAUUACUUUAGUUUGAUAGUGAAUUGCAUAAAUUAAAAUCGAAAAAUGUGUGAGCUCUAGCGAAAGAUGUUGACUGUAGCAAAAACUUCUAAUGUACGUCUAUAGAAUAAAAAAAAAAGAAACAGUUACGAAUAUAAUUUGAAAGGUAUGUGAACGUUGCAAGAAUGCUUCGAUAAAUAUUGCGGUACAUGUUGAAUUUCUAUUUAUGAAACCGUUGCUCGAACUUUUGAUAUAAUAACGAGUUCGCGUAGCAAUAUAUAGGUUAAAUAAUCGAAACAAGAUCUCCUUUUGCUUCAACCUCCUACAUUUUUCACGCGACUUCCUUUCCUUUUACGCUACACCACUUGCGCUACGGAGGGACAGAAAAAAAAAAUGCAUUUUUAAUUCGCCACGAAUCCUAUUUCGUAACUCGAGAAAUUUUAAAUAAAUAGGAAAGAAUAGUGUGACGUCCUGUUUGCAGUAUGCGUGAUCUCAUCCGCCCACUAUGUGUAUUAUCAACAUUGCACGGUCUCGAUAAUGAGUAACUGUCUCAUUACGCACAAUUUACAUCGCGGUUACAGAUGUAAGAGUAGCCUUAACAAAUUCUCGAUUCCCAUUUCGAACACGAUGCUGGAAGCUAGUGAAUUUAAACAAGGAUCUGUUGUUAACUAAUAGAACGAUAUGUAAAAUUCGAAUGUUCUUUCAUAGAUUUAUAUUUGUUUAAAUUCUGAAGUGAUUUCGAAUAAAAUUAAUUUCAAUUUAUUGCGAUAGAUUCAUUCGAAUGUGUUGGUAGCGUCUUGCGGGUUUCCAUGUAAUUCGCGUAAGAGAAUGUUCGGCAAUUUUACUUUCCGAAUGGAAUUGUUAUUCUCAGUUUCAAUUUGAUACAAAAUAAAUAAUUUGGUCAUUCAUUUGUUCAUUUAGUAUCUGUUCGCAUUAACACCAAAUGUCGUCGACGUGUCUAACAGUUUAACGAAAUUAACCAAUCCUAACUUCAUUAGAAACAUAUUUAUAUACUAUUAGGAGGUUGCAUUGAAAGCCGCUGCUUUUUUGUG